ACGCGGUCAUAUUUCACGCGUUUCGUAAAUAGACUAUUGGCCCCGUUCGCGUUCCAUAAGAUGCAGCUAUUUUUAAUAGAUCAAUGAUUUCGCAUAGGCGUUCUGUCUUUGGAUGCGUACCAUUCAAAUGUAAUAAUCCUUUACCACAGACCGGGAGACCUUUGAAGUGCUGAAAAGAGUGGUGUUCGAAAAAUAAAGUGUCCUCUGAAGACAUAAUUUCUGCCGUUUGAAACUUUGCAUUUCGCUUACGUGUGACGUCACCAAGAAAACUAACGUACGUGACGUGCGUGUGUACGUCCCGAGCUCGAUGAGCUGAAGUUCACCGUAUCUGAUCAGCUGGUUGUGAGUGACGUACAUGAUGGAAGGAGAUUCAUCUUUAAUAACAUUUAGUGAUGAAUAUCGACUACUUGAAGUAUACCACCAGAAAAGGAGAAAGCCAAUCUUCAGACAGGGGCCAAGUCUCUACAUGUGUAGAACUGGGUCAAAAACAGGUGGUGAAAUAUUUGGUGAUGUGGCUGAAAAACUGACCCAGAUUGUAGACAGCGGCCUUCUUGUCAGAGAUGGAGUGGAAGCAGACGGCGAGGAGUCCAUGGACGAUGUUAUACAAAGGCUUGUUGAAUUACUGAAGGAAUCAGGAGAUGAGCUAAACCAGAAGAUUCAGAAGAACCAUGAGCUUUUAAGAGGCCUGCAGAGUGGUUUCUCUUAUAGCUUGUUUGACAGACUGACCUCAGCCUUCAUUGGGAGUGUGGUGCCAGAACAUGAGCGGAGCAGAAUGAAUCGUGAGCAGAUCGCUCUGACCUUUGAGGUCACCAGCAGACUCGAUGCUCUAGACCUACAGCCCAUGAACAGGAUCAUGGGAUUUGGGGCUCAGUACCUGCAACAGCACUUCAGUCCCUGGAUUCAUCAGCAUGGUGGUUGGGAGAAAGCCUUUCUUGUUGAUGAUGAAGAUGAAAUCCAUUGACAAGACUGCAUAAGCAUGGCAUUCUUUCAGACGUAUUACUCCAAAACCCUCACGGAUGGUUAUGUGAAGUACAAUUAAUUAAAUGUGAUUUAUGUUUACACUGCUUGUGAUUUUUAAUAGGUAUAUUGAAGUGUAGAAUAUGCAAUUGAUUCCUAUGAUUUUAUAACUUUUUUACACAAAUGUAAUAUGUAAUCAUCAGUAAAUUACUCGUAAAGAUUUUGUCAAGAUAAAAUAGCACAAGUGUUCUCAAAACAGUGCAGAGCACUUAAAAGGCAGGUUAGCAUGUAAUGCUAAAAUAUAAUGCUUUAUUGAAGUUGACAUUGUUUGCACAAAUAAAGCAAAUACCACA